CACUCGCAGGAGCUCCUCAAAAGAUUCCGGGCAGAGUUUACAGGUGAAUAUAUGCAACAUACAUGAGAGACAUGAUGAUGGCCAUGUUUGGCAUUCUUCAAACGCUCGAUACCCAAGUUCGAGACGACUUCAACCGUGGUGAGAGUGGAGGAGAACAAAAACGAGUCAGUAUUGAUGAGGCAGCUCUUAGUGGAGCACCUCUUCAAUGCCGGGACAACAGUACCCGCAGUCUCGAUUCAGCAAACGCUAUCAAGUUCUGUAAAAUGCUUUAAGCAUUCCACAGAUCUCAUAGGCGCAACCGCAUGCGUCCCAAUCUACCGGGCUCCUGAAGCUACAUACACCGUGUUUAACAAAGUCACGUUACUUUACAACAGGCACUAGAUAUACUUUGGUCCUAGCAAGAACGCAAAGAAGUACUUCGAAGACCUCGGAAUACUCUGCCCUAAUCAACAGACC